UGACCGGAGUAUGGUUUGCCGUUUGAAAUGUUCAUCUUCGCACCAGUCUCUCUGCACUUUUCGUCUUUCCCCCUGUUGAUGGGCAUUUCAGUCUGCAAUACAAGUCUAUUAGGCUGUUGCAUGGCACUUUGAGAGACGACCUUUUCCAAAUCCCUGACAAGAAAAAGGUCCACCCUCUGAGGAGAGAAGGAGAGCGCCAUUGGACCCCCACGUGCCAGCGACUGGCCCUCCCCUAGGAAGAGACGCGUUGGCCUGAUUCCACGGAGACGCCGAAUCUGCAGCCACGUCAAUCACGUCUUCACCACUGGCAGCGGGACGGCCUGGGUGGCCGGGAUGCCACUGUGUGCCCUGCCAGUCCACGGUGGAUCCUGAAGGGCAGGAGGACGGAGUGGUGGGGACGGAGUGUAGCAGGCUGGGAGGGCACCACGCGUCUGGAGACAUGAACCUCUGCUGGAACGAGAUCAAACGCAAGUCCCUCAACAUCCGGGUGCGGCUUGAGGCGUUCUCAGACAACAGUGGGAAGCUGCAGCUCUCCCUGCAGGAGAUCAUAGAAUGGCUGACGGCCAAGGACGAGGAGCUGUCAGAGCAGCUGCCCAUAGGGGGUGACGUGGGGGCCGUCCAACACCAGAGGGAGUUCCACCAGGUAUUCAUGGAGGAUGUCAAGUCUCGGGGGCCGUUCAUCUACUCUGUGCUGGAGUCUGCUCAGGCCUUCUUGGCACAGCACCCCUUCCAGGAGCCCGAGGAGACGCUGCCCGACGGAAAAGAAGUGUCUCCGAGGAAGCGGAUCCUGAACGUGAGUCGUUCAGUGUGGAAGCAGGCCAACGUGGCCAGUGACCUGUGGGAGAAGCUGACUGCCCGCUGCGUGGACCGACACAGGCACAUGGAGCGGACCCUGGAGCGCCUGCUGCAGACCCAGGCAGCCAUGGAGGAGCUGGCGGUGGCCCUAGAACAGGCUGAGGGGGUCCGGGAUGCAUGGGAGCCUGUAGGGGACCUCUUCAUCGACUCACUGCAGGACCACAUCGAUGCCACCAAGUUAUUUAAGGAGGAACUAACUCAGGUGAAGGAAGGCAUGAAGCACAUCAAUGACCUGGCUCAUGAGCUGGCCAUUUCUGAUGUCCAUUUGUCCAUGGACAACGCCCACUCCCUGGAGCACCUCAACAGCCGCUGGAAACUACUGCUGGGCUCCAUUGAAGAGCGUCUGAAGCAGCUGCAGGAUGCCCAUAGAGACUUUGGUCCUGGAUCCCAGCACUUCCUCUCCAGUUCAGUGCAGAUACCCUGGGAACGCGCCAUCUCUCCAAACAAAGUGCCCUACUACAUCAACCAUCAGGGCCAGACGACAUGCUGGGAUCAUCCAAAAAUGACGGAGCUGUACCAGGCACUGGCGGAUCUAAACAACAUCAAGUUCUCAGCAUACCGGACGGCCAUGAAGCUGCGGCAGGUGCAGAAGGCUCUGAGAUUGGACCUGCUGACGCUGGCGAGUGUGGUGGACGUGUUCAGGGAGCAGGAUCUGCAGCAUGGGGAACAUGUGAUGGAUGUGGUGGAGAUGAUUCAUGCCCUGACUGGCCUGUAUGAGAGACUGGAGGAGGAGAGGAGGGCCAUCGUGGUCAACAUCCCUCUGUGUGUCGACAUGUGCCUCAACUGGCUGCUCAAUGUCUACGACAGUGGUCGCAAUGGAAAGAUGCGCGUCCUCUCCUUCAAGACGGGACUGGUGAGCCUGUGCAAUGCGGAUGUUCAGGAGAAGUAUAAAUACUUGUUCAGGCAGGUGUCUGGUCCAGGGGGUCUGACCGAUCAGCGUCACCUCACUAUGCUGCUUUAUGAAGCCAUCCAGAUCCCGCGACAGCUGGGAGAGGUGGCCGCCUUCGGAGGGAGCAAUGUGGAGCCCAGUGUACGCAGCUGCUUCCGCAUGGCCCCAGGUAAGCUAGCCAUCGAGGUGUCGCACUUCCUGGAGUGGAUGAGUCUGGAGCCUCAAUCUGUAGUGUGGCUAGCUGUUCUGCAGCGUGUGGCUGUGGCCGAGUCCGCCAAGCACCAGGCCAAGUGUUACAUCUGUAAACAGUGCCCCAUCAAGGGAUUCAGGUACCGCAGUCUUAAACAAUUCAACGUGGACAUCUGCCAGACGUGCUUCCUCACAGGAAACACCGCCAAGGGAAAGAAGCUCCACUACCCCAUCAUGGAGUACUACACCCCAACCACCUCAGGAGAAAAGAUGCGGGACUUUGCCAAAACGCUGAAGAACAAGUUCCGGUCGAAGCAGUACUUUAGCAAGCACCCUCAGCGGGGCUACCUGCCUGUCCAGUCGGUGCUGGAGGCUGAGAACUCUGAGACGCCGUGCUCCUCUCCCAAGCUACCCCAUGCAGACACACACAGCAGAAUCGAGCACUUCGCGAGCAGGUUGGCGGAGAUGGAGAACCAGAAUUGUUCCUUCUUCACGGAUAGUCUGUCGCCUGAUGAGAGUCUGGAUGAAGAUCAGUACCUCCUGCGUCACUCCAGCCCCGGCACCCUGGACCAGGACUCCCCCAGCGGACAGCAGAUGCUGCUGAUCCACCUGGACUGUCAGGACAAGGACGAGCUGCAGAGAACGCUAGCCCGUCUGGAGAAUGAGAACCGGGUGCUGCAGGGGGAGUGGCGGCGACUGAAGUGGAGGCAUGAGGAGGCGGCGGCGGCGCCCCAGCUGACGGAGGGGGGUGAAGGGUGUCCGGGAUCGCCCACGGGGGACCAGCAGGACGAGGAGCUCCUGGCUGAGGCGAGGGUCCUUCGGCAGCACAAGACUCGCCUAGAGACACGAAUGCAGAUCCUGGAGGACCACAACAAACAGCUGGAGUCCCAGCUGCAGAGGCUACGAGAGUUAUUGUUGCAGCCCAAAGAUGACUCGGAGGCCAACGGAUCGGAACCUUCAUCCCUGUCAUCUCCGGUGUCAGGGGGAGGCCGUCAGGGGGAUGGACCCAGUAGAGAGACCACGGACACAGAGGCCGCGGGAGAUGGAGAUGAGGAUCAUGAACAGGACACAGUGCAGCAGCUGCAGGAGGUCAUAGAGCAGCUGAGAAACGUCUUCCCUUCAGAACCUGGAGCAACGUCACUCAUCUAACCCAGGGCGGGGCCUGGAGUGCAGAGUGAUGCCUGAUUGGAUGCCUGAUGGCCCGUGCCCCAUAUAGCUGCCGUCAGAGAGCUGACCCCUCUCCCUCACCCCUGUGGGAGCCAAAGGCUAACAGCUAAUGCCAACGUCCAGGACCAGCCACGCACUAUGCUAACAAGCUAAGGCUAAUGGAUAAUGUUAGCGGUGCAGCCAGACACUGUGUUAACCAGCUAAGGAAGCUAACGGCUAAUGUUAGCAGCCCAGCCAGGCAGAAACUGUGUUAGCUAUGGCUAACUCUAGCAGCCCAGCCAAGACACUGUGCUAACCAGCAUCUGUGUAGUUGCCCGAAGGUGUGAAGCCUUAUAUCUGUACAGCACAAGGACAUUCCACGAAAAUGACUUUGACACAAUGCAAAAACGGUUGGGGAUUUUCCCCAUGUUUUGUUCUGUCCGAGUGCCAGUAACUGUGUGCUCCUCUCAGUAUGUAUGUGUGUUUUCCUUAUUCCCCCCCAAUGCGUUUCAAACUUCUCUUUUUUUAAUGGGGCGUUCAUGUGCAUCACUGUUGAUUUGGGCCAGGCUGGCUGCAUUUCACGCGGCUGUGAUUGGGUGGUUGCGGCAGCCGUACGCCGAGCAGAACAGAGCAGAUUGCCGGGUAGCCAGCGGGACCCACAACGAGCUUAUUGACACUGUGGGACUGACACAUCAUCAGUAAAACCCAAUGAUUUAUUUAAGACAGCCAAAGUGCCCCCCCAGGCCAGGCAGCCCUGCUUCUGUGCACUGUGAGUUUCACUGCUUCCAUCACACGCAGCACACAGACACACGUACACGUUGUUUCAUAUGAACGCUCAUUCUGUACUAACACACAUUCAUAUCAACAUUCAUAUCACACAGGAAUACAAAAAACAGAUACACACACACACAGCCACACACACACACAGCCACACACACGCUUACACCCACAUCCAUGAGCAGUGGAGCGAGAUAGGCUGUGAAUAUACCUCGUAGUGUACAGAAAGAGGGUCUCGAGUCGAGGCUAAUUUGUAUCAUGCCUAAGUGUGUUUAUCUGAGAAAGCGUCUAGCGUUAAAUGCCGGGCCCUCCA